GCCGCACGCCGCACGCCGCACCGGGUGUAUCCGCUGCGUGUCCCUGUCCUUCCCUCCCCUCUCUCCGCCUCAGCAGCAGCCCGGCCCCGCUCUCUGCCCGGUCAGCCCCUCCCCUCGCCAGUGCCGCGGUCCUCUGCGCCUGAGGAGGACGGGACGCCGCCAUUUUGUUUGCUGGCGGGAGACUCCGAGCUGGAAACCGAGGCCCCGGGAGAACGGUGUCCGCCACCUGCGAUCGGGCCGAGUAAGAGGCGUGCGGCUCCCGCCUGCGGACAGCCAUGUACAUCAAGCAGGUAAUCAUCCAGGGCUUUCGCAGCUACAGAGAUCAGACUAUUGUUGAUCCCUUCAGCUCCAAGCACAAUGUUAUUGUGGGCAGAAAUGGAUCCGGCAAAAGUAACUUUUUCUACGCCAUUCAGUUUGUUCUCAGUGAUGAGUUCAGUCACCUACGGCCAGAACAGAGGUUGGCGCUCUUGCACGAGGGAACAGGACCUCGGGUUAUUUCUGCUUUUGUGGAGAUUAUAUUCGAUAACUCUGACAACAGAUUGCCGAUUGACAAGGAGGAAGUUUCCCUGCGAAGAGUCAUUGGAGCCAAAAAGGAUCAGUAUUUCCUAGACAAGAAAAUGGUGACAAAAAAUGAUGUUAUGAAUCUGCUGGAAAGCGCUGGCUUCUCUCGUAGUAAUCCAUAUUACAUAGUAAAACAGGGCAAGAUUAACCAGAUGGCGACUGCUCCGGACUCCCAGCGGCUGAAGCUGCUUCGGGAAGUUGCCGGGACCAGAGUCUAUGAUGAGCGUAAAGAAGAAAGUAUCUCUCUAAUGAAGGAGACCGAAGGUAAACGUGAAAAGAUUAACGAGCUGCUGAAGUACAUUGAGGAGCGGUUACACACGCUGGAGGAAGAGAAGGAAGAGCUGGCGCAGUACCAGAAGUGGGACAAGAUGAGGAGAGCAUUGGAGUACACCAUCUACAACCAGGAAUUGAACGAGACGCGGGCGAAGCUUGAUGAGCUUUCGUCCAAGCGUGAGACAAGUGGUGAGAAAUCCAGACAGCUGAGAGACGCCCAGCAGGACGCCAGGGAUAAAAUGGAGGACAUUGAACGGCAAGUGCGUGAGAUGAAAGCCAAGAUAUCGGCAAUGAAGGAAGAGAAGGAGCAGCUGAGUGCUGAACGGCAGGAGCAGAUAAAGCAGAGGACCAAACUGGAGCUGAAAGCCAAGGAUCUCCAAGAUGAGCUGGCUGGUAACAGUGAGCAGAGGAAACGACUCUUAAAAGAAAGACAGAAAUUAUUGGAGAAGAUUGAGGAAAAGCAGAAGGAGCUGGCGGAGACGGAGCCUAAAUUCAGCAGCGUAAAACAGAAAGAAGAAAGCGGAAUAGCGAGACUGGCACAGGCCACCCAGGAGCGGACAGAUCUGUACGCCAAGCAAGGACGUGGCAGUCAGUUCACCUCUAAAGAAGAGCGAGACAAGUGGAUUAAGAAGGAGCUGAAGUCUUUGGAUCAGGCCAUAAAUGACAAGAAGCGGCAGAUUGCCGCCAUAAACAAAGAUCUCGAAGACACUGAAGCGAAUAAGGAGAAAAAUCUCGAGCAGUACACGAAAUUAGAUCAAGAUCUGAAUGAGGUGAAAGCUCGGGUGGAGGAACUGGAUAAGAAAUACUAUGAGGUGAAGAACAAGAAGGACGAGCUGCAGAGCGAGAGAAACUAUCUGUGGCGAGAGGAGAACGCCGAGCAGCAGGCACUGGCAGCUAAGAGAGAGGACCUGGAGAAAAAGCAGCAGCUUCUCCGAGCUGCCACCGGAAAGGCGAUUCUGAACGGCAUCGACAGCAUCAAUAAGGUUCUAGAGCACUUCAGGCGGAAAGGCAUCAACCAGCACGUCAUUAACGGCUAUCAUGGGAUUGUCAUGAAUAACUUUGACUGUGAACCGGCUUUCUACACGUGUGUGGAGGUCACUGCCGGGAACAGGUUGUUCUAUCAUAUUGUGGAGUCAGAUGAGGUCAGCACCAAGAUCCUGAUGGAGUUUAACAAGAUGAACCUUCCAGGAGAGGUCACUUUCCUUCCACUCAAUAAGCUGGAUGUCAGAGACACAGCCUACCCAGAGACUAACGAUGCUAUUCCAAUGAUCAGCAAGCUGCGGUACAUUCAACGAUUUGACAAAGCAUUUAAACACGUUUUUGGGAAGACCCUCAUUUGCCGCAGUAUGGAGGUGUCCACGCAGCUGGCCAGGGCAUUCACUAUGGACUGUAUCACCCUGGAAGGGGACCAGGUCAGUCAUAGGGGCGCAUUGACCGGCGGUUACUACGACACAAGAAAGUCACGACUGGAACUACAGAAAGACGUGCGGAAGGUGGAGGACGAACUUCAUGCUCUGGAGGCCAAACUGAAUGAGAACCUGCGGCGAAACAUUGAGCGGAUUAAUAAUGAAAUCGACCAGCUGAUGAAUCAGAUGCAGCAGAUUGAGACGCAGCAGAGGAAGUUUAAAGCUUCUCGGGAUAGUAUAUUGUCCGAGAUGAAGAUGCUGAAGGAGAAGCGGAUACAGUCUGAGAAGACCUUCAUGCCAAAGCAACGCAGCUUGCAGAGCUUAGAGGCCAGCCUUCAUGCCAUGGAGUCCACCCGGGAGUCUCUGAAAGCAGAACUGGGGACAGACUUGUUAUCUCAGCUCAGUCUGGAUGACCAGAAGCGGGUGGAUGCUCUCAACGAUGAGAUCCGGCAGUUGCAGCAAGAAAACCGGCAACUUCUGAAUGAGAGAAUAAAGUUGGAGGGGACGAUCACCCGAGUAGAAACUUACCUGAACGAGAAUUUGCGGAAGAGAUUGGACCAGGUGGAGCAGGAACUAAAUGAGCUGAGAGAGACUGAGGGUGGGACGGUUCUAACCGCAACCACGUCUGAGCUGGAGGCCAUCAACAAACGGGUGAAGGAUACGUUGGCGCGAUCAGAAGGUCUCGAUGUGACCAUUGAUAAAACCGAAGUAGAGAUAAAAGAUCUUGUGAAGAGCAUGGACCGCUGGAAGAACAUGGAGAAGGAUCACAUGGACGCCAUUAACCAUGACACAAAGGAGCUGGAGAAAAUGACCAACCGGCAGGGAAUGCUGCUGAAGAAGAAGGAGGAGUGCAUGAAGAAGAUCCGGGAGCUGGGCUCCUUACCUCAGGAGGCAUUUGAAAAAUAUCAAACCUUGAGUUUAAAACAGCUGUUCCGGAAGCUGGAGCAAUGUAACACGGAGCUGAAGAAGUACAGCCAUGUGAAUAAGAAAGCCUUGGACCAGUUUGUGAACUUCUCUGAGCAGAAAGAGAAGCUCAUUAAGCGGCAGGAAGAGCUGAACCGCGGCGAAAAGUCCAUCAUGGAGCUGAUGAAUGUUCUGGAGCUGCGGAAAUACGAGGCCAUCCAGCUCACCUUUAAGCAGGUGUCAAAGAAUUUCAGUGAAGUGUUCACAAAACUGGUGCCUGGUGGCAAAGCCACCCUGGUGAUGAAGAAAGGAGAUAUCGAGGGGAGCCAGUCGCAAGAUGAAGGGGAGGGUAACGCCGAGAGCGAGAAGGGCUCCAGCUCACAGAGCAGCGUCCCAUCUGUCGACCAAUUCACUGGCGUCGGCAUACGGGUCUCUUUCACAGGCAAGCAGGCGGAGAUGAGAGAGAUGCAGCAGCUCUCUGGAGGACAGAAGUCUUUGGUGGCGCUGGCCUUGAUCUUUGCUAUCCAGAAAUGUGAUCCGGCUCCCUUCUAUCUGUUUGAUGAGAUUGACCAGGCUUUGGAUGCCCAGCACAGGAAGGCCGUGUCAGAUAUGAUCAUGGAACUUGCGUCUCACGCUCAGUUUAUCACAACAACCUUCAGGCCAGAACUUCUCGAAUCUGCCGAUAAGUUUUAUGGGGUGAAAUUCAGAAAUAAGGUGAGUCACAUUGAUGUGAUCACAGCAGAGCAGGCCAAGGACUUUGUGGAAGAUGACACCACCCACGGCUGAUCGCCCCGUCACCCUCGUCACUGGAAGACAUUGUACAAAGUGUUCCCUGUUGUUACAUUUGCACCAGGUUUUGUAUAUUUAAGUGUUUAAUAUUUUGCGCUUGUUUAGUCAGUUUUUUUUCAGGAGCUGUUUUAAUACAUUGGACGGCAGGCUUCCAUAUUUUCUACUAUGACUUUGUGUCUUCAUGUUCUUAGUGUCAUUGAAAUGUCAUUUUAUGUACCCGUUUUAUUUUAUUUGGGGGGGAGCAUUUGUCCUGUGAUGUUUUUAUCCUUUAUCAAAGUGCAUUUCAACUCUUGUUUUUACUUCACUGCCUUGUGUACGUCUUCUUUUAAAUAGCGUCAAUAAAGUUGAUUUUAUGGCUUUGUUAAUGCAAUUGUAUAAUAAAUCCUUGUAUACA